GGCCCGUGUGCGGGGGGCGUGCGCUAUCUACUAUCUACGGUAGUCUACGCUGCUACGUGUCGUGACCCCUCCUACCAGCAUGACUCCUCCUACACGCCUCAUUGCACGAGCAGCAUGGCGGCGUGCACGGUCGGUGGCGAGCAAGACGGCGAGCAAGACGGGGGAUGGGAGAGAGACGGUAGGCCCUUGCCAACCUCCCCUCGUCUUAUAUACCGCCCUCUACCGCGCACGGACCCUUUGCAAGCCGAGUACGAGUCCUCUGCAAGCCGAGUACGAUCCCUAGGCAAGCCGAGUACGCGCCCCUUGCGACAGCGGCUAGUAGGUACCGGAUUUACGUUGUCAGUAGCUUAUGCACAAUAACAUUGAGCUGGACAC